AUGACAUACGUAAACAUUAAUUUGAGGAGGAAAUUGUGCUAUUUUGCGGCAUUUUUCUUUUGCUUGCAUCGCUCACGUGAAGGAAUCAGAUAUCAAACUGAGAAAAUCACUUCUAACUUCAGUCAAUUUUUCCUUAUUCUGUUCCGGGAAGAAAUGCGUUUCGUCUUGCCUUUGAUUCUAGUUUUGUUGGGUCUGUUGAGGGUGGAUUCCUUUGGACUUUUCAGCCCAGAAUAUGAAGAUGAUGUUGAUUUCAACCUGUUCAUUUUUACUCAGUGGUGGCCACAGACACAAUGUUAUCAGGCUGCUGUAAAGAACGAGACCUGCGUACCUUCAGGAAUUUCUAAAUGGACAAUCCAUGGCUUGUGGCCAACUAUUGGUACAGAACAUGCACCUGUGUAUUGUAACAAGUCCUGGCCCUUUGAUGAGGAAAGCAUUGAGGAUUUGAAACAAAAAUUAUUGCUUCAGUGGCCAUCUUAUGAAACUCCUGGUGAUGAUGCGGGAUUCUGGAAACACGAAUGGGAGAAGCAUGGCACGUGUGCAACCAAUCUUCCAUUCUUGAACUCUGAGCACAAAUACUUCCAAGUCUGCCUGUCGUUGAACAUCAUGUACGACAUUUUCGGUGCUCUAAAAAAGGGAGGAAUUGAACCAACAGGUGACAAAACUUACCAGGUGGGAGAUAUUGACGCUGUCCUGUUCGAGUUUUUUCAAGUUCAUCCUACAGUCUACUGCCUGCCUAUCAAGCAUUCUGUGCAGAUGUUAAGCUAUGUGGAGUUGUGUUUCAACAAAUCUCUGACGCCAAUUAAUUGUUUGAACACCACCGCGAACUGUGAUCACGAAAAGCCCGUGCAGUACCCACCAAUCAUUCACGCUGGACUGGAAAGCGUGGUCUAGCGUCCAUCGUUAUGAUAAGAUCAGAUUUAGAUGUAGAAGUUAGGACUUUUUCUCAUUUUUUUUACAGGUAGAGAAAAAUGACUCUUAAAAAAAGUUCACAAAAGAUCAAGUUAGCGAAACCAUAAAAAAAACUAAUGAAAACAGCUUUUAUAAAUUCUAAAUAAUUAGGAGUAGUUUUUUGUCUAAGAGACAUUUGCAAACGUUAGAUAGACAGGUUUGAGGACGAGUUAUUUUUGUAAUAGUCUGGAAAACCUUUUACAAGCCUUACAAACAACGUGACCGUAUCAAAUUAAAAGAUUUCUGCGUCCUUCUUAGCAUGUAGUUUACUUCAUUUAGUUGAGCGACAAAAAAAUUCAAUUACAGCAAAACCUCGUCUUGAAAGAGCUGCAUUGAGGUUUGUGCUUCUUGGAGAAUCUAACGAAAGUUUUAAAGCUGGCGCGAAGCUUUAAAUAACUACCGGUGCUUUAAUUCUAGGCUUCGUUGUUUUUUUACUAUCAUGCGGGAGAAAAUCUGGAGCUCAUGCAUAAUCCAUUUGUAAAAUAGGUUGUGAGUAAAGUGAUUCACCUAAAAAGUGUGAGCUUGUGAACGAAUAAGCCCGCAACCAAUAGCCUUCUUGUUAAGUUUUAAACGACAAGUAGAUUUAUUCCGAAACAAUUCGAUUAUUUUCUCUCGAUUUCUUUGCGUGAUAACAGAUAAGGGUGAAAUAGAAAUCUGGAGGUCAUAAUUUGAUUGUUGAUUAAUAUCCCGGUAGUAAUUUGUAGGAUUUUAGUACUUCGGGGUUCUUUGACGUCAUGAUCACGUUUUCGAAAUUCAAAUUUGUUUGACUUGAAGAUGCGAUGACUCUAACCUUAAACCGUCUGAUUUUGCUGUCGCUGCUCACUGAGCUGCAAAGAACUCGUUAGCGAGGUAGGCUUUGCCCGUAUGUUCGUAUGCAUGAUUAAGUAAAAAUAUUGGCUCUUCUUUUUGAAUGAAAGGAUGACUUUAAUUAUAUAUAUAUUUUUAUUGAAUCAGUCAAUGGAAAGAUGAAAGGGGUGAAGAAUUAAAUAAACUUUCUGAUGAAUAGAA